UCAUGUUCUGAAAUCUGACAAUAAUUCUGACUUCAACUGUUUGUGUUUUUAUUUGGUUUAUAAUUUAAUGACAUUUUCUUCAUUUUUAACAGAUGACAUCAGCUGCCGCUACAAACUCGGAAAGCAGCUUGGUGAAGGAGGUUUCGGCUCCGUGUAUGAGGGGAUUCGCAUACAGGAUGGUCUGCAGGUGGCAGUUAAAUUUGUCCAGAAGACCCCAAAUAUGCAAGAUGUCAGCUCUUCAUGUGACCAGCCACUUCCUCUAGAGAUCACCUUGGCAAACAUGGCCAGCGGUGGCUCCAGGUGUCCGAAUAUUAUUCAGCUUCUGGACUGGCAGGUCUUUGAAAACCAUUAUGUCAUGGUGAUGGAGCGGCCUAGUCCAAGCAUGGACCUGGAGGCAUUCCUUGAAGUCAGCGGAGGAGUUCUCAGUGAGAAAACAGCACAUACCAUCAUGAGGCAAGCUGUUUAUGCGGCCAACGUGUGCUGUUACCGCGGGGUGUUCCACCGGGACAUUAAGCUUCAAAACCUGCUGGUGAACCCCGACACACUGGAAGUCAAGCUGAUCGACUUCGGGUGUGGAGACUUCAUGAUGGAAUCAGCCUACAGUCUCUUCUCUGGCACAGAAGCGUACAUCCCGCCAGAGUUUUAUGAAAAAGGAUGCUACCGGGCCAAACCAGCGACGGUCUAUUCUCUUGGGGUUCUUCUGUUCACAAUGCUCCAUGGAGAAUUCCCAUCAGCGUAUGACCUGUACUACCUCCAACAUGACUGGUCCAAAUUUACUCUCUCUCAAGGUGAGAUGUUCAUCAAAGAACAAUUAAGUGAAACAGCUUAAUAAUAAUAAUAACAAUAACCUCACCUCUCCAUUUCUUCUUCACAGAAUGCUGUGAUAUGAUGACGGCUUGUCUGCAUGAGAAUCCAGAGUGCAGAAUUCCUCUAGAAGAGAUGUCUUACCACGACUGGUCCAUGCUGGAGUUCUGAGUCACAUUAGCAGAAUGUUUUGUAUAUUUGAUUUUUGUACAUGUCUGUAAUAAAGAUAUAUUUUAUUGAACUCA